AUGAUCAUACCUACAUAAGACUUACCUUUUAAUUCCUUACAAUAAGUGGGACAAAGAGAUGUAAAUCAAGACAUAUUUGAUUUAAUAUAUUGGGUUCAAUAAGAAAUACUAAGUCCUGAAUUGUUGCCAUAUUUUGAUGUUUCGAAAAUUCAGGAUACUUUAAAAGGGUAGUUGGAAUCAAUCCAAGAUCUAAAGAGAGAAUUGUCUAAGCAUAAUAAAUAACGAGAUACUCAAUAUUUGACACUGCAUGUAAUUGAAUUGGAGAGGAUCUAAUAUUUUUAUCAAUAAUAUUUAAGAACAAGAAUGUAAAAGUUGAUCUCAAAUGCGUUCUAUUAUUAUAACAAUAUUGGAGAAUAUCAAAUGAGUUUGAGAGAGAAAGAAUUCUUAAAAACAUUGGUUGAAAAACAAGCAGACUAUUUAUUCACAAAUUGUUUAUAAUAUUAUCAGAAAACUUAGAGAAACUUUGGAGUGAGAUUGGAUAAUCAAAAUUAAUCGCAAUAAAGUUAAUAGGAUGAUAAAAUCAAUGUACAAAAGCCAGAUGUUAAUUAAUAUGUAGUAAUUCAUGUGAAUACAUCAAGAACUAUACAUGUUGGGUCUAUAGCAUUGAGUGAAAAUGACAGCGCCUUAGUUUCAUAUGACGACAUAAAGUAGUUAUCAUACGUUAUUCUUAGAUUCAUGGUACCAAUUAAGAGUGUGACAUUGAUUUGA